UCUCAUCCAUCAAGCUCUAGGUGAAAAAAUUCACAAAACAAAACAUGAAGGUCACUACCGUCCACCUCGCAACUCUACUUUUCGGAUUUACGAAUUACACCACGGUUAAUGCUCAAACGAAAGCCCAGAUUGUUAGCUCAUGCCAGUCCCAAAAUCCAAAUAAUGUAAGCGAAUAUAACCCAUUAGCUCUUCUCAUCCCGGCCUUUUCCCAUUCUCAUAUCUGAUAUAUCUGUCUCUUGUCAUAUCUAUUUAACUAAGAAACACGAUUCAAAUUACAAAAAUCUAAUCAUCCCAAAGUUCAUAGCCGCAACAUACGCCGGCGAUUCAGCAGUAAAUUACCCCUAUUCUAUGUGUUUCCCCUUCGAAUUUCUCGGAAAUAAUAUCAAUUCCGCGCUCUUUUGUCGGGAUGCACAUUGCUAUUUCUACAGGCACGUACUGUCUCUUUCAUCUCCGUCUUUUGCAUUUAUCACUGUACUCCAUCCAGGCGAAUCUAAUACUAACUAUACGCCGCUUCAACUAGCGACGACGCAUGUACCACACUUGCGGCUUUUUCGAUCAUGCCUAUACCUUUUAUUCAAGGCCAAUCACUCCCUCCCAAGCUGGUUUCGAGCUUGGGUUGGAAGAGUGCGAAAUGUGGGAGUGCGUUGCUGGGAUUUACUGUGGGUCAGUAAGUUAUGUGUUCUUGGGGGUUGGAUGAAGUUGUUGGAGAUUUGAUCCGGAAUUUUGGGGGUUAACAGAGAGGUUUUUUUGGUUUUCUGCUUGC